AUGUGCACACGUAUAACAACACUGAAAUCCUCGGGGGAACCGCUAACAUCUGAGACCUUCACUGAGCGACAAGAAAACAGUUUCUACUGUAAAGCGAUGAUUAAAUUCAGUCGCGGAUUAGAUGGGAUCAUACUUGGUCUGGGGGAUCCCGGAUUCUCGGCGCGGGUUCCUCAUCAUUUGAGGAGUACACAUACGUUAUACUUAGCUUCUACAGUCCCUUUCACUCUACCUCUGACCUCAUCACUUUCCAAGUCUCGCGACAGCUAUGCCUCAGGUCUUGAGCGUCGUGCUAUGGAGCCCGAUGAAAGCGCAGACUCUGUCUGUCAAAGGCCGUUGGUCAUCCACCUAGACGACAGCCUCUCCGCACCUCCUCCAAAGCCUACAGUCCCCUGCCGAACCAAGAUCAGAAGGAUGUGUCCAAAUGAUUACGACAAGGAUGGAUUGGAUUAUGAAUCGGGCAAACUUCGAAAAGCUAUUCGAGCUGCUCAAGAAGCUUCUCAACCCCAAUCCAGUCGCAAAGAGCUCUUGGUUAUCAACUGCGGACCAGAUGAACCUUCACCAGUAGCUGGACCCUCAUCGCGCUCUGAAACCUUGACCGAGCCCAAAUUAGACUCCAUUGUGAAAGUCCUACGUUCUCACUCACUGAAUUCAAUCGAGAAGCUCAAGGCCGCGCUUGAAAAAACAAAGGGAAAGAUGCGAUCGCGAGCUCAAAGCUCGGUCGACCAAACUCUUUCAAAUGCAAACCCCGAACGUUUUAUCAAGCGAAGGGGAUUAGUAAUAGAUCCUGAGGCUCUUCAAGGUGCAUUGAAGGAAGAAUUUGGACUUGAACUCAACCCUGAUCCUAACUCCGGAUAUGCCUAUGCUACACCUAGUCAACAAUCUCAUGACUCUGAUGCCUCUGUCUAUAGUCAACAAUCUCACGACUCUGAUGCUUCUAUAUAUAGUCAAACCUCUGCCUGA